AUGGAGCCUGUGCGAUGGCUGGCGGGAGGAAGCGCCUUGUUGCUGAUCAUGGCGGCUCUGCAGACCGCCAUUUCGCACAACUCCUCUCUUCUUAGUUCAGGCGUGACCCUGACAGGGCACUUUGUGAACCAUGACUUCUCGCAAUCCCUAGCCGAUGUAAGCGACGAAGCUGCUGAUGUUGUGCCUUCGAAGGCUUCUGGGAGUAUCGUCGUACAGGGAGGACCACUGGGCGCUGUUACAGUGCACAGAGGCGCAGCUCCUCGAGUUACAGUGACACAAGCCCAAAUCAUCCCUACGGUCAAGGAGGAGUUCGACAGGUUGUCACAGAUUGCUCAGCUGACUGAAACCAGGCAAGCGCUGGAGGAGAAGGAGUUUCACUCCAUCCGCAGCGAGCAGCAAGACGAGAUCGAAGGUCUGGAGAAGCGCAACUCGCAACUGAAGCAACGAUAUGAUCGAUUGCGAAGAGAGCUCGAGAGGCUGAGCCGGGAGCAGCCUCCUCCUGGACCUCGUGGUGUGCCAGGACCCAUGGGACCAGCAGGAAUAGCAGGCAAGAUGGGACCGCCCGGGUUGCAGGGCGUGGCGGGAAGUCCAGGAAGAACUGGACCCAUGGGACCCAUGGGACCCCAAGGACCUCCAGGACUGGCAGGUCGGGAUGGGAUCCCGGGACCGGAGGGCCCGCGAGGCUACAGAGGGAAGCCAGGCCCGAUGGGUCUGCAGGGACCACCAGGUCUCACCGGCCCACCAGGAGCCGUCGGGCCUCGGGGAGACCCGGGAAUUCGUGGCCCCCGUGGAGCGACAGGACACUCGAUCCCUGGGGCACCUGGACUUCCUGGACCCAUGGGAGCGCCAGGGCCUAGUGGGCCAGUCGGACCUGCGGGAGAGGAUGGGAGCCCCGGGGCGACUGGAGCAACGGGCCCGCAGGGUCCUCCGGGUCAGUCUGGACCGGCUGGUCAGCCCGGAGCCCCAGGACCCCCCGGCCCACCAGGGCAGGAGGGACCGCGAGGAGAGAACGGCGUGCCAGGCCCAGUGGGCCCGAUGGGACCUCACGGUCUUCCCGGCAUCGCUGGACCUCAGGGGGCCAUGGGCGCUCCAGGAAUCCCCGGGCAGCCGGGCCCAGCUGGGCUCAACGGUCUGCCCGGCCCGGCUGGAGCCCCAGGAACGCAAGGAGCCCCCGGGCUCAACGGAGCGGGAGGAGUACCUGGAGCGCAUGGCGCGCCGGGAGCCCCUGGUGUGUCGGGAGCACCAGGAUCGAACGGGGCGCACGGGUCGCCAGGAUCCCCAGGAGCCCCGGGGGCGCACGGACAAGGAUACGGUGGUGGAGAGGAGGGGGAGGACGGGGGAGAAAGUCAGAGCAGUCAGCGGAUUCGUCAUAGCAGCGCAUCGGCGGCAGGGGACGGGGACGGCAGGGGACGCUUCGGGGGGCAGCACCCUAAAGAGUCGCAGGGGAAAAAGGGGAAGAGGCGCAAUGCCCAAGGAGGUGGAGGGGGCGGGGGAGGUGGCGAUGGCGGCGGGGAGGGCGAGCAGAGGGAGCAUGAAGGAGAGAACGAGGGAGAGGAAGGGAGAUGGGAGGAGGAUGCAGCAGUUGAAGCAGGGCAAGUGGAAGGUGUACAGGGGCAGGAACCGGUAGCCUCGAGAGCUCAGGAGGGAGAGGAGGGGCAGGAGGGGCAGGAGGAGGGGCAGGAGGAGGGGCAGGAGGAGGGACAGCAGGAGGGACAGCAGGAGGGACAGCAGGAGGGACAGCAGGAGGGACAGCAGGAGGGACAGCAGGAGGGACAGCAGGAGGAACAGAAGGGGCAGGAGGGGCAGGAAGAUGAAGCAGAGGAGGAAGAGGAUGAGAGGUUGAGUGCCGGCGAAGAUGCGCUCUACAAGAAUGCAGAACGGAUCCACGAAUGGAUGACAGCGAGCGCAUCGGGGGAGGAGGUGGGGAGGGGAAGGGAGCAUGCGCCGACGAUCAGGCACGAAGGGUUCUUGACCAAGAGGGGGGACAAGUGGAGGAAGAAGUGGGUACGGAGGAAGUUCCUCCUGCAGUACGGGAUCCUGUCCUACUUCAAGAUCUCCGAAGGCGUGAAGCUCCCCAGGGGUCAAAUCCUGCUGCAACCCAAGUCGAGGGUAGCGCUGGUAGAUGCCGAGAAUCAUGUGCUGCAGGUGGUGGAGGGGGAGGGGAGGGAGAGCGCCUCCUGGUACAUGCAGUCGUCCUCCCUCGCAGAGGCCGAGAAGUGGGUUGAGAGGAUCUCCAUGGCGAUCGCGCAGGUCGACCCUGCCAACCCGCCAUGGGGGAUCCCGGGAGAAGUCAGCUGCUGCAAGAACCAUGACGACCUACGGUCGAUCGAGAGGAGGACGAUGGACGAGACAAGAGUGCACCAUCGGGAGGAGAAGGAGGAGGAGAAGCAGCAGGUGCGGCACGCCAGUGGGCAUCGGCAGGCGGAGGAGGCGGGCAGGGGGGGGCUUCAGGUGAGCGGGAAGGAGAAGGGGAGGGUGAGAGGGUGGAAGCGACAAGCUCUCAAGAACUUCCUGCUGGGAUCGAAGCCCAACGUGCGGGGCAUCUUCCGGAACGCCUUCUCGGUGUCAGCGACGGGGGUUGAGGACGAGGACGUGACGGAGGAGAUGAUGGAGGCGCUGGCGCUGGAGGGAUCGGAGACGUCCUUCCUCCUUGACGAGUGCCUUGAGGAGGGAGCAGGCGGUGAGAGCGGCGUCAGUUGCGGCAUUAUGUUCAGACUCGACAGGAGUGGAAACCUAGUUGUCUUUUCUAUCCUCCCCGAGAGCAGUGCCUCCCGACACAAUGAACGAUGCGAGCGAGAGGGAUGGGGCCACGUGAUCAGGGCGGGGGACAGGAUCGUUGAAGUGGAUGGGCAUCCGUUUGUUGGUUCCUGCACGGCCAACGAACUUCGAACUAAAUUGCUGGGACGGGCUGGAACAACCGUCCACUUGACGAUGAUGGAGCUGCGCAGAGAGCGCGCGGGGAUCUGCGUGGUGCAGCGAGACAGCGGCAGCGACCACCCCACCAUGACCUAA